GGUUCUCAGGAGGGUUUGGGGAAAUGAAAGUCUCCGAGGACCGGGCCUGGCCCAACUCGUGAUCCGGCGCCCCGCGGUCCCAAUACAGAUUCCUUGACUCCAGCCCCAUGGCCGCGCUUAGCCCACUGCUCCUGGCCGCGCUGCUAUGGGUUCCUGCAGGGACCUUGACCUGCUAUGGGGACUCGGGGCAGCCUGUGGACUGGUUCGUCGUCUACAAGCUGCCGGCCCACAGCAGGCCCGGGGCUGAGGCUCAGACGGGGCUGCGGUAUAAGUACUUGGAUGAGGGCUCAGGGGGCUGGCGCGACGGCACGGUGUCCAUCGACAGCUUGGCGGGAGCCGUAGGGCGCAGCUUGCAGCCGCUGUACCAGAACACCAGCCAGCUCGCCUUCCUACUUUACAAUGACCAGCCGCCUAAUAACUAUGGGACUCAGAACUCUUCCAGCCGGGGGCACACGAAGGGUGUGCUGCUUCUGGACAAAGAAGGGGGCUUCUGGCUGAUCCACAGCGUUCCCGGAUUCCCUCCACAUGCUUCAUAUGGCUGGCCUCCUAAUGCCCAAAAAUAUGGGCAGACCCUGCUCUGCGUGUCUUUUCCAUUCGACCAAUUCUCAAAGAUUGGAAGACAGCUGAACUACACCUACCCCCUUGUGUAUGCCCACAAGCUAGAAGGGGUCUUCAUCAAGAAAUUACCUGACCUGGAGGAGGUGGUCAAGGGGCUCCAUGUUCACCAAAGACCCUGGAACAGCAGUGUAACACUCACAUCAAAGGCAGGGGUCACCUUCCAGAGCUUUGCCAAAUUUGGAAAGUUUGGAGAUGACCUCUACUCUGGUUGGUUGGCAGAAGCCCUUGGCAGCAAUCUGCAGGUCCAGUUCUGGCAACACUCUCAUGGCAUCCUGCCCUCCAACUGCUCUGGGGCUCAGCAAGUGCUGGAUGUGACCCAGAUAGCCUUCCCUGGGCCAGGUGGGCCCACCUUCAAUACCACAGAUGACCACUCCAAGUGGUGUGUAGCCCCAGAAGGGCCCUGGGUCUGUGUGGGUGACAUGAAUCGGAACUGUGGAGAGGAGCACCGAGGUGGGGGCACACUGUGUACCCAGCUGCCUGCCCUUUGGAAGGCUUUCCAGCCUCUGGUGAAGGCCUGGGAGCCUUGUGGGAAGAAAGCAGUAUCUUGUCUCCAGGAGGUGCAGCAGAACAUAUGAGAGCUAAGACUUAGGAGCCAAUUUGGACUCAGUUUAAACUCCAGUUUAGUCCCUUAUUGUGACCUUAACUAUGUGCCUUAACCUGUGACAGCCUACUCAUCUGCAAAAUGGGAACCACAACAUUUGACUCAGGAUUUGUGAGGAAUAAAAGGAAACUGGUA